AUGUCUGCGCCUCCAGCUGAUCAGGACGAGCAGUCCGCGUCGCCUCCGAUGCUGGUGGGGGAGACUCCUCCGCCCGCGGCGCCUGCUCAAGCGAAAGCGCGACCGAAGCCUCGCCCUGCGCGGCCGUCGGUUGUCGCUUUCGCAGAGCCGCGCGACUCCACCGCCGCGGCGCCAGCCGCUUCGUCGACCCCCCCUGGAAGCUUCAGCUCCGCUUCUCUCUCUUCCGCCUCUUCUUCCGCCUCUUCUCCUUCGCCUCCAGGGGGGGUCGGGGGCGUGCACGACGCCGACUUCUUUCCCAAGCGGAGAGAAGACGCCAAGGGCACGGUCUUCUGCUCACCCGGUGCUGAAGACGAAGAUGACAAGCCAGCCAUGAAUGGAGGAGCCGCGAAGGAUGAAGGGCGCGCAAAAGCCGCGAGCAGGGGCCCGCGUGUGACGCUUGACAGCGCCCUCGAAGAGCGCAUGAUGACUCUGGUCAAUGUAGCCGGCGCGGAGGAGCUCCUCGCCAUUUCUCUCGAUGAAACGUCGUGCACCCUUUCUCUGGCGGAGACGGCUCCCUUCGGCGGAGAUUCGCUGCGCGCCCGGUUUCAGCGCCUCAGCGCGCUCGUCUCUCCUGACGCGCCUCGCAUUUUCCUCCUUCGUCUCGACUUUGUUUCGAAUUCCCCCGACUGGGUGGUGAUUUCGUGGACGCCGGCUGGCGUCUGUUCCCCGGCUCGCCGCACGCUGGUGGACUACGCGGCGUGGUCACUCCGCAUUUCUCUCCGUUUCCCGCGCCCCGUGAAAGAGUACUACGCAAGCGAGCCGGAGCAUCUCACGCUUGAGGCGUUUCGGCGCGCUGAAAACCAGCGACGGCAGAUGGAGGCGCGCAUGGCCCUGGUCGCGAGACCGUUCUCGAGCCAAGAAGAUGCGCGGGCGUGUCGCUUUUUUCGCGUGACCCGCAGCCCCUGUUUCCGCAACGGGCGCGUCUCUUCGUCUUCGUAUCAUGAGAAAAACUCUCCAUCUCCUCCAGUCUGUGCGUUGUAUUUCUUGUCACCCAUGCAGGCGGCUGCGCGCCCGCGCCUGCCGAGAUCCGUUUCGGCUCGUCGUCCGCCACCCCACCAGGCCAAGGCGAUGCCAGACGUGCCUAUGGAUGUUGAUGGUAAUUUCAGCGAGCAAGUGGAAGAGUUUCGCAGCGGCGAAGUCGCCUGCCUCGAGGUGCUGAUUGAAGACGAGGACACCACUCCUGUGGCGCUGCCCUGCAUUUACGAGACUCCAGAGCUGCUGCAGGAGCACGUCACUGACGGCCGCCCGCGGUACUUCCUGCUUCGCCACCAGGGCAUUACAGCGUUUAUCUUUUACUGCCCGGAGGGCGAAAGCCGUCGAGAGCGCGUGCUGUACGCAGCGUGCAAGCAACGCGUGCUGAACCAGUUUCUUCAGUUUGGCAUUCCCAUUUCGCAGCGCUACGACGUGCGCUCUCCGGCAGAAAUUUCCAAGAUCCUCGAUCGGGACGGGGGCGACGAGGGCCGCGGAAAUUCGCCGUAUGGAGGGGGGUCGGACUCUUCCGCGGAUGGGGGGCCUCAGCCGGGCGCCGACGCACGAGAAAAAGCGGAAAAAAUAUCAAAAGAAAACGCCCUGGUGCUCCUUCCGAUGCUCCCCGCGAAGCCGCCGCCGCCAGGUGACAGCUGGAUGCAGACAGACGUCCUCUCGAAGGCAGAAGACUCCCUCGAGGCCUGGCGCCGAAGGGCAGGGCUCCUGAUAGGAAGAAAAGCCUUUGACGACAGUACGGACGAGGACGACUGA